CGACGAUGUAAAGCAGCCUCAGUACUGUGAUCAUCACAAAACCUAGCUAGAGCUUCUCUGAUCUCGAAGAUGCCUACCAUCACGAUGUAGCAAAGCUAGGUAGCGAGGGUCAGCGGUCUAGGCAUACGCUUCCUCACGAAAAAAAGAACCUGACGUCGAGACGUGUAUCUUUUAGACAUUCGACUCUCUGAAGUUUGUCUGCUGCUCCUGCUUACAGACGAUUGCGAGUGAACGUCCCUGCUGUUGAGUGGAAGAAAAAUUGCGAGUAGCAGCACUCUGAAUUCUGUACAGUGAGGGUGGGCGGAGUGGAUGCUGCCGUCAAGAAUCUUUGCAUGUAAAUGUAGGAUGAAAAGUAUGUGAAAAGGCCAACUUCAGUCCCACUCUCCUCCACGAAAGGAGAAAAACAUUUGAUUUUCAAGACGCAGUUGAGGCUUGUAUUACACACCGUGUCGGCCGACAAUGGGGAUGAAGCAUGCCAUGAUCAAUUUCAUGAGCACACGGAAGAUCAACAUCGUAAUCCCCAGUCUGGCGCUGUGGGUCAUUGGAGUGCAAAUGGCGCAAGCGCAAGAAAUCCCCUGCAGAAACUGCACUACAAAUGUGGCCACCGAAGAGUUACCAGCCAGCGCUUACUAUUGUGCUCGGCCCCUAGAAGCAGUCAUAUCAGGAUUUCUCGUGACUCUGGCGACCAUAAUGGUGGACGAGUACUUCCUUGGCUGGAGCAGACUGGAGUCAGACCUCUACGUGGCGAAUCCUGAAAAUGAGCCAUACGAGAAGUGGACCCUGGGUCGGUUGCACAUUGCUUUCCUCUAUGGACCUCUGCAUCCAGCUCGUUAUAUGGUAGAGCUGAUUACUUGGGUUUAUCGAAAUUCAUACUUUAGUGAGCAUAUUUCGACUACUGUCAGCAAGCAAGAGAGAGACGCUGCUCGCAUCCUCGAAGGAUGCCCUGUGAUGCUAACCCUCGACGGUCAGUCUCCAAAUUUUGCAGAAAUUGACAAAUUUGAGCGCAGUCAUUCAGAGUACAUCCCGCUAGAUGAGUUACCUUACAUGCGUAACGAUUCUCGAGUGUACUUGGAGUCAUUUACAGUGGGAUCUGGAAAACGGGAAGCAUUCCAAAAAUAUAAGACGAUUCUGUUGAAUAACAGGGGAAAGGAGGCUCUGUUCCGAGCCAAACUUGUUCCUCCGUAUCGCCAGCUUAGAUUCGCCCAGGGAUAUUCUGCGGUUUACAUACUGAUCAUCGGAAUGCAGAGCUUAGGAUAUUUGAGUGCUGUGAUUGUUCGCAUGUUCAACCGCUUAAGCAUAAGUCCGGUAGAGUCUCUUGGAUCCAUGAUUGCCGCCUUAGUUCUCCUCAGAUCAGUUCUCUAUCUCUUCGCCAGCCGAGGCGUUUAUGCCAUCCAAUUUCACCUCGACGCGACCGAAGAAGAACGGCUUCUGGAGGCGAGCCUGGCGACAGACUGGCCUCCAAAUGGUUACUCACAGCAUGGGAAUGAAAGGCUGAUCUGGCCUCCAGUUCUUGCUCUCUUCACCCUAUUCGUCGUAGCAACGUACUCUUACCUCUGGUUUUCUUUUCUUAAGCACUCAGUGUACACUGCGAUUCCAGCAAUUCUUUUCCUCGUCCAUUGGCUCAAAAGCAUGCUUAUCUACGUCAUGAAGACGCUAGAUAUUCUGGAUAUUGACAGCAAUAGAGCACCUUGGUCAUGGGAUCGGUAUCUAGUUCUCGUCUCUUAUGUCGUGGCUGUAGUGUUCACAGUCAUAUACUGGCGAGAACAAGGAUAUGAUUCAAUGACCAGUUACAGCACGAUUGUGCCUCACGUCGGAUAGAUUCUGCAAACAGAAGAUUUUCCAACAAUAAUUCGCAGAUGUAUCUUGUUUCCACCAAAAGUCUACAUUUGUCAAGAUGCUCAAUGAUGACAAUAUACUCUGUACGACCCAAAAAGUUGGAUUUCUACUUUAUAUGUGAUCUUUCCUGAACGUUUGUGUCGACUGGAUUGAAACUUUGCGAAGAAUAAAGGUAUA